AUGGGGGCAGGGAGGAGAGACCGGGGCUCAUGGUCGCUGAGCGCUGCAAUGACGUCAGCGCUCGUCCUCGUCCUAGUAGGGGCCACGUCAGCGGUCGCUCACGGUUCAGCGGGAUCAAAGCAGAGUGUAGCAACGGGUGCAGAGGAAGGCGCGGUUUAUCCUGGAAGUAGAAACGCAGAACCUGACUUUGCAGAGGUUGAGGGGAAGCUGGCAAGAGCCUCUUUGUUAGGGGUUGCGCAAGGAGAGCGGAAAGAAGUGGCGCAUGCCGGCGAGGGUUUUGCGCGGCAUCCCUUUUCAUCAAGAUCUCUCGGAUCUGGAUCGGAGGGUCUCGGAAGGACAGUGGAAGAAAGUGCGCAGAACGCAGAAGACGUUGCGCGCGAGCAGGGCCCCGGCGGAAAGCUCCGAGGAGUCCAUGGCGACUUUGCGAAUGCCAGGAAGGACAUAGUUCAUGUCGAGUGCGAAAAAAGCAGUGAGUGCAGCAACGCUACAGUUGGCCACGAAAGAAAAUACGAAAAGGAUGAAAAGGCCGGGGUUUUGAGAGAGAACCUGGAACUGCCUUCUGUGAUUGUGGAAAAAGAAGAGGCGGUGCUGGCCAAGGAAACAAGAGCGAAGGGGUGUGGAAGGGGAGAUUUUGUGGGGGCUUCUAAGCCGGCCGCGAGAGGAGAGAGCGGCGCCGAGGUGACAAGCAGCGCCUGGCAGAUGCUCCCAUUAUUUGGAUGGAUGUACCGUUUCUCUUCUCAGCGCCAGGAGCGAGAAAGUGCAGAUGUCCGCAAUGAGAAACAGGUCUCUGAGUCCCAUCUCAAGAAGGCAGACUCAAGAGCUACCUCAGUUCUCGAACAGCAUGGAAGAGACAAGCGAGUACUUGGAAAUGCUCUGAAAGGUGGACAGCAGACAAGGAGAUGCGUCGGGGGCGGGAAUCGAACGGCGGAGGUCGCCUUUUCGACAAUUCUGUACGUGGACACCAGCCGGGACUACGAGUACUUCGUGGCGACCAGAGUCAUGAUUCAGUCGCUCCUUUGGACGGGCACGGACGCCGACGUCGUGGUUUUGGCAUCGGAGGGGGUGCCCCAAGACUGGAUAGACACUCUGGAAUCCGAGGGCGCGCGCGUGCUCUCGGUGGCCGACGUCCCGAACCCCUACCGCGGCCGCGCCGGCGUGCAGCCGCGCUUCGCGCGCGCGCUCAACAAGCUGCUCGCGUGGCGCCUGACGGAGUACGCGCGCGUGGUGCAACUAGACGCGGACAAUCUGUUCCUGCGCAACGUGGACGAGCUGUUUGCGUGCGGGGACUUUUGCGCGGUGUUCAUCAACCCGUGCAUCUUCCACACUGGUCUCAUGGUACUCAAGCCUUCUCUGGAGACUUACGCCGACAUGCUGAAGCAACUAGAGACGGCGCCAUCCUUUGACGGCGCGGAUCAGGGCUUCCUCGCGUCCUACUUCCCGGACCUUCUGGACUGUCCGAUGUUCCGUCCGCUACCACCUGGUUCCGCCCGGCUGAACGGAACAUACCGGCUGCCGUUGGGAUACCAGAUGGAUCACGUGUACUACUACCUCAACUUCAGGUGGACCUUGACACCAGCCUGCGCCCCACAGGGCGUCCUCACCUUCCCGGGAGCGCCAGUGUUAAAGCCCUGGUAUUGGUGGAGUUGGCCGCUUCUUCCCCUCACCCUCGAGUGGCAUAAGCGCCGCGCCGAGACCAUAGGCUAUGAGCCGGAGCUGUACCGCGCGCUUUUGCUGGCGACCGCUUGGUUCGUGCUCGGGAUCAGCGUGGUUUCGAUCUCGCAAAGAACGUCGGCUCGUGGUUCCCACCGCCCCCGCUCUCCCCCGGGGUCGAACCUGGGGUUGCCCCUCUCCCUCCCGCGCAGCUCUUCCCCUCCCCCGAAAAGCACCUCAACCUUGUCUCGCCUCUUUCUGGGGGUAAAAACUCGCCUGCGUUUCAGCCCCCCGUUGCGAGCAACUGCAAUCUACCUUUCACUCGGGGGCAGUGCGGUUCUCGCCUUUUGGGCGGUGCCCACAACGGUGCACCCGUUUCUAGGUUGGGCCCUUUUCUAUCUGGGUUCCAUGAGUCUGGUUACCAUCAUCCUGUCCGUUAACCCUGGGUUACCGGUAACCGCCCUGGCGGCCCCCUGGCUCUUGUGGGCGGGCGUUUUGGGGGUUUUGGCGGCGCCGAUUUACUCCGCGGGCGCGCAGAAGAUCGUCGCGCUGUGCCUCCUGAGCGCGGCCGCGGCCGCGGUGCUCUUGGAGUCGGGCCGUCGGAUACUCGCCACGUGUAAGACGGAGGAGGCGGAGUGGAAGGCGCAGCACGAGGCGGGGGUGGUGCGAUGGGGCCAGCCGGAAAAGGAGAACUAG